AUGAAUGUGAAGAUUUUCGUUGAAACCGAUGCCGAAGUGCGUGUCUCAAGACGUCUUCUUCGAGACAUUCAUUACGACAACUUUAUCGCUCCCACAAAGUCUCGUGCGGAUAUUAUUGUCCCUUACGAAGAUGCGAACCCCGUAAUGAUUUAUCUUCUUGUUUGUGGCAUUGGAAAACUUCUAAAUGAACACUUGAAACGGCGCUGUUCCAAUGUGCGGUCACGAAUGCGACUCUAUAUGAAGAGAAAUCUCCACUUGCAAGAGCUUAGUUGCACCAGUGAUUGUAGGAAGUGGUAG